AUGGUAUCAGAUUCGUGCGAACGGCACCGGUCCAGAAUCAUCGACAUUGCAUUCAAUCCGACGGCCGACUUGAUUGCUACCUGUUCUAAUGAGAAUAGAAUUGAGCUGUCCUCAUUUCGAGUAGAUCUAUCUAAAUCAGGAAAUCGGAGGAUUAGUAUAUCGACGAACGAACCGGUGAGGGCACUUACUUUUAUGGAAGAUUUAGCCAAUCAUUCCAAUAUCUUAUUUUCUGGUACGGGUCGUCAAAUUUGUAUUACCGACUGCUCUUCGGGCACUACAUUUCGUGUUCUGAAAGGUCAUAAAGGUAUGGUAACAGCACUUUGCACAUGGGGUGGUUGUCUGUUUGCCAGCUCAUCAACCGAUAAAACGAUCCGUAUCUGGGAUACGCGUGUCACUGAAGCUGUCAGAAUAUUUGAUCCACUUACAAAACCUGGAGUGGGUGCUUUUCACGUGGAUGGCAACGGUCGAAUUUUGGUACGUGGUGAUGGAAACGGUGAAGCGCAUGUAUUUGAUACAUCAUCAACUAAGAAAAUUAUAACCAAGCGGAUUUCCAAAGGACCAAUUUCAUGCCUUCGUAUUGCCAACUCACAACGGUUUAUGGCUGUUGCUGAUGAAAAGAGAAUCAAUCUCUGUGAUCUACGCGAUGUAUUUCAAAUGCCUGAGUCAUCAUGUGUUACAAAAUGCACUAGAAGAUGCAUUGUUCUCAAAUGGCAUCCUAUGAAACCGUCAUUCGCAACGCUAGAUAACGAAAGUGCCUUGAAUUUGUGGCAGUUGGGACAGGAAAAAUCUUGUACAAUGGGCGAGUAA